ACUCUACUGAUGGAUAUAAUUAUUUUCUUCUUUCUAUAUUCAGACGGAACUGUAUAAACUCUCAUUUCUAAAGAAUUACAUUACACAACACAGUGCGACUCGGCCUAGCUAGCGAAGAAUCAAAUAAUUGUCCCAUUUUUGAAACUCGCUUGAUAAUGGAUUCCGUCGAAACAGCGAAUCACAUAACAUUGCGCCUGCAGCUUUUGCAAUCCUUUCUGUUCUCACAUCAGCUAGACGGCGUGCAGGCCACGCGGAGUAAUUGGUUAAGUUUUCAAUAUUGACAUUUUCGGGGAUUUUCAGCGAGGCAGCGAAUAACACGCGAUACCGUAAACUAAGAAUUAUUUAUUUGUUUUGAAUAAUUUGCAAUAAAAAUGGUUGAAACGGCAGCAAACGGAGCCGAGGGAGAGGCUGCGAAACCAAAGACAGCCAAACAGCUUGAGAAAGAGGCUAAGAAGUUGGCUAAAUUGGAGAAGUUCAAACAAAAACUAGAUAAAAAAGAAACCACUGCUCCAACUAGGCCCAAAGAAAAACCUGAGAAGGUUGAAAAAAAGCUGGAAAGCAAGCAAGCAGUAUUAUAUACCAUAAACACUCCAGAGGGGGAAAAGAAGGAUGUCAAUUGUCCGAUGCCUGAUGCCUACAGCCCUCGUUUUGUCGAGGCAGCGUGGUAUUCCUGGUGGAGAAACGAGGGUUUCUUCAAACCCGAAUAUGGACGUAAAAGCAUCAACGAAACAAAUCCCAAAGGCACAUUUGUCAUGGUUAUUCCACCACCUAAUGUCACCGGUUCCUUACAUCUUGGACAUGCACUGACAAAUGCGAUCGAGGACGUAAUUACCCGAUGGAAUCGUAUGAAGGGGCGAACGACACUUUGGAAUCCGGGUUGUGAUCAUGCUGGAAUAGCGACUCAAGUGGUAGUUGAAAAGAAAUUAUGGAGGAACGAACAAAAGACACGUCAUGACAUCGGGAGGGAAAAAUUUGUGGAAAAAGUUUGGGAGUGGAAAAAUGAAAAAGGAGAUCGAAUCUAUGAGCAACUUCGUAAACUCGGGAGCUCCUUUGAUUGGGAUCGCGCUUGUUUCACAAUGGAUCCAAAACUCUGCCGCGCUGUUACCGAAGCUUUCGUACGUCUGCAUGAGUCAGGGGAUAUUUACAGGAGUAAUCGUCUUGUGAAUUGGUCUUGUACGUUGAAAAGUGCAAUUUCCGAUAUUGAGGUGGACAAAAUGGAGCUACCUGGCAGAACUUUUCUCGCUAUUCCUGGCUACAAAGAGAAAGUUGAGUUUGGUGUUCUCGUAUCAUUUGCAUACGAAAUAGAAAACUCAAAUGAAAAGGUUGUGGUUGCUACAACUCGUAUUGAAACAAUGCUUGGAGAUGUUGCGGUCGCAGUACACCCUAAGGAUGCUCGUUAUUCUCACCUGAUUGGUAAAUACGUGAAACAUCCUUUCUGCGAUAGAAAGAUACCGAUCAUAACUGACGAUUUUGUGGAAAUGGAAUUUGGAACAGGCGCUGUAAAAAUAACACCUGCCCAUGACCCUAAUGAUUAUGAAGUUGGAAAGAGGCACGACUUGCCAUUUAUAACAAUUUUUGAUGACGCGGGAAAUAUCAUCGGAAACUAUGGCAAAUUCACGGGUAUGAAAAGAUUCGAUGCGCGAAAGGCUAUUCUGCAACAAUUGAUGGAAAGAGGAUUAUAUAUUGAGACCAAAGACAAUGCAAUGGUUGUACCAAUUUGUAGUCGAUCCAAGGACGUCGUUGAACCACUAAUGAAACCGCAGUGGUACGUCAAGUGUGAUGAAAUGGCUGCUGAUGCUAUCAAGGUUGUUGAAAAUGGAGAGUUGAAGAUUAUUCCAGAGCAGCAUAAAAGAACUUGGAAUCAUUGGUUGGAGGGUAUCAGAGAUUGGUGUAUUUCUCGUCAGCUUUGGUGGGGUCAUCGAAUCCCAGCAUAUUUUGUAUCCAUUUUGGACUCAGCUGUUCCAGCUGGAACUGAAAAUGACAACAAUUAUUGGGUGAGCGGAAGAACAGAGGCAGAGGCGAAAGAAAAAGCUGCAAACCGGUUCAAUGUCAGCAUUGAUAAUAUUAAGCUGGAACAGGAUCCUGAUGUCUUAGAUACUUGGUUUUCUUCCGGUCUCUUUCCAUUCUCUAUCUUUGGCUGGCCAGAAGAAUCCGAGGAAUUGAAAGCUUUCUAUCCUGGAACUUUGUUGGAGACAGGACAUGAUAUACUCUUCUUUUGGGUAGCAAGAAUGGUUUUCCUUGGUAGAAAGCUCCUGGGUAAAUUACCAUUUAAGGAAGUCUUCUUACAUGCUAUGGUGAGAGACGCACAUGGAAGGAAAAUGAGUAAAUCUUUGGGAAACGUCAUUGACCCGAUGGACGUGAUACACGGAAUAUCUCUAGAGGAUCUCCACAAACAAUUAUUGGAUUCGAAUUUGGAUCCGAAAGAACUUAAAAAAGCCACAGAAGGACAGAAGCAGGAUUAUCCUCAGGGAAUUCCGGAGUGCGGAACAGACGCAUUGAGAUUUGCACUGUGCGCUUACACAACUCAAGGACGUGACAUCAAUCUCGAUAUUUUGCGAGUUCAGGGUUACAGAUUUUUCUGCAAUAAGCUUUGGAAUGCGACAAAGUUCGCCCUGAUGUACUUAGGAGAUGGAUUCGAAUUCGACGCUGAAAGUGACGAGAAACGCUGCGCGAUUUCGAGCGCGGAGGAUGUCGUUGGCGAUUAUAAAUGGUACCAGCACACACUAAACGAAAAUUGUGUUCAAGACGCGCUAAAUAACUUCUUGGCAGAUUAUUCGUACAUAAAUGGAUACACGCCUUCCCAGGCUGAUGUUAAGGUUCAUGAAACGUUGAAGUGCCUGCGUAUUGAUUUUUCGCAUAGACCACAUCUUUUACGAUGGUUUAACCACAUCAAAAGCUAUAGUACACAUGAAAGAUCCAGUUUUCACCCAGAAGACGGAGAAGUUUAUCAACAGACUAAAAGUAACGUUAGCAGUAGUCGUAAAACGGGAUAUCAGCUCUCUGGAAAUGAAACAGAAGUAGACUUGUGGAUGCUUUCAAGGUUGAGUUAUGCGGCGAAAGUUUGUGACGAGGGAAUAGCUCAGUAUGAUCUUACAGCUGCAACUACAGCCUGUUACAAUCUCUGGCUGUACGAUUUGUGCGACGUUUAUCUGGAAUAUCUGAAGCCUGUUUUCCAAGGUGGAAAUAAAGAGACUAAGUCAACAGCUCAAAAAGUGUUGUUCAAAAGCUUGGACAUAGGAUUGCGUUUACUCAGUCCAUUCAUGCCCUUCAUAACAGAGGAACUUUACCAACGUUUACCACGUAAAAAAUUAAUUUAUCCAAGUAUUUGCGUGGCUCCGUAUCCAGAAGAACGUGAGUGUCCUUGGAGGGAUCAAGGCAUAGAAGCGGAUGUUGACAUUGCUCAGAAAAUUAUUAAAUCCAUAAGAUCCGCACGAGCUACAUAUAAUUUACCGAACAAGACUAAAACUGACGCAUUUGUCACAUCUACGGAAGACAGUAUCAAAGAAAAAGUCAAGACGUACUCUUUGUUGAUUGGGACACUUGCUUACUCAAUAAUUUAUCUCGACAAUGCUCCAACCGGAUGCGUUAUCAUCCCUGUGACAGACAAGAUCCAAGUUCACUUAUUACUUAAGGGAUUGGUUGAUCCGAAAAAGGAACUUGAAAAACUUGGUAAAAAGAAAGGAAUACUUACAGAGAGUAUAAAUAAGCUGGAACAGGCUAUGUCGGCAGUUGAUUAUUCCACUAAAGUUCCUGCGGAUGUCCAGUUAGCAAACACGGAAAAGUUAACCAGUAGCAAAGGCGAAUUGGAACGGCUGGUAGAAGCAAUGGACGCUUUACAGCUGAUGCAAUAGCAGUUUCCAAUUUCUUAGAUGCGAAUUUGUAUGUAAUUCUAUGAUUUUUCUUUAUUAAAUGAAGUAAAAACAAAUCGCUGAAAACAUUGAAA